ACAGCCGAGGAAAAGCAAAGAAGAAAACAAGAAAAUAAAUAACCGAAUAAUAUGACAUAAAAAAUAAAAAUGAUCAAUGCAUUCCAUGAUUUUAAACUUCGUCGGUUGACAAAAUGUUAGCAAAAUUUCGACGUAACUGCGUUUUCCGUAAAUCUGAAACUAAUUAAUUGGUAAGCAAAGCUUACUUGCACGAAAAUUUGUUCAAUCAGUAUACAUAUUCGUAAAUAUUUUAAGUAUUUUUCAUCCCUAGGCCUGAGAUCGCCUAAACGAUUUAGUCUGCUUCUCGGAUUAAUAUAUUAGAGUAACUGUUUCGCGCCGCGUUUCGAACGUCAGUUAGUAUUUCGUGGAACGGACAGCGCGUCGCAACAAUUCAAUCGAUAUAUCGAACGUGGCUCGCGUCACAGUUCAGGCAGCUGUCGCGCGUGUGUGUGGUUGUGGCUUUUGCUGUAAUUUUGUUGGCAGUGUUGUGUCUAUCAGAUUGGUGGUGGUGGUGUGAUGAGUUUAUCCUGUGAAGAAACAUUGAGCCGUGAUACACAUACAGCCAUGUCGAGAUCAGUGCCGGAAAGGUGGUUGGAGUACAAGGCGUACGGUGAUGUAAUCAAGGGAACGAAAAUAGUCGCAUUCAAAGUCCCGCUGAAGGAGACGGUGAGCAACAAUCUGGAGCCAGAUCAGCGAUUCACGCUGAAAAUGUUGCUGGAAGCGAUGCCGAAGGUGAAGUACGUCAUAGACCUGACCAACACCCACCGUUACUACGAUCAAAGGGAGGUCACCGAUGCUGGUCUAAAGUAUUUAAAAAUCAUGGUUCCCGGAAGACUGAUUCCACCUAUCGAGCUUGUCAAGAGAUUCUUCAGGGCAGUGGAGGACUUCACGGCCAGCAGUGAGGCGGACGAACUCAUAGGCGUCCACUGCACUCACGGGGUCAACCGCACCGGAUACUUCAUAUGCAAGUACCUCAUACAGCAGCUAGGAUGGGAGAAUCAGGAAGCUAUCACGGCCUUUCAGGAAGCCAGAGGAUAUGCCAUUGAACGUGAUGUCUACAUUAAUGACCUGAAGACUACACCGAAGGGUCAAAAGUUGGACACCAAAGAAGUCACUUUGGAGAGUUCCAGCAUGCCGUUCAGGGGGCACAAGCGGAUUCCAAAGAGGGUGAAACGAAUAGGACCGAUGGGUCCGCCGGGACCGCCGGGUUUCCACCCGCCUCGAAGAGGCUUUCCAAACGGGCGACCGUUUCCACCGCCGCAUCUGGACCACUUCGGCUACGGACCUCCGUCCUUCAACCCUCUCAUGCCACCGAGGCCACCAAGGCCGCCAAGGCCCUUGAGGCCCCCGAUGUCGCCGGUGCCGCCGAGACCUCCGAUGCCUCCGCCUCUUGGAGUCGCCUACGGCCCUCGGCCCCUGAGGUACGGCCCACCACCGGGCCGCGGAUAUCCAAGCCUCGGAUUUCCACCCCGAAUGCCGCACGGCCCCCCGAGGAUGCCGAUGCCACCUUGCCCCCCGCGGUUACCAGGCCCUCCUGGCCCCCUUGGGCCCCCAGGGCCGAUGGGUCCGCCCCCAGGUUCCAUGGGUCCACCGGGCCCUGGGCCAAGGCUGCCGCAGCGUGGUCCACCCCAGGAAAUGCCGCCGAUGAUGAAGGGGCUGUACCAGUACCAGCAGCAGCAUAAGAAGAAGCAGCUAUUGCGGAAUGGAAACGGAGUGCGGAACGCGCAUGUAGUGAAGAGGAAGAAACCGUCCGAGGUGGCCAUCCACGUCCCGAGACUUCACGGGGAGCAGGACUUCACUGUUGAUACCUUCGAGGAGAACUUGACGGCCACUGCCCUGUCCACAGUUCCAACGGUCCCAGCCGCCCUUGUGACGGGGGGACCGAAACGGCGGAACAAAGGGAGGUUCAACAAUCGGGCCAAUCGCGGCAAGUGACGACGUCGUGCCGAUUAGCAGAAAAACCGGACAAUUUUUAAGAACUUCUCAUUGUCGCAUGGUCGCUUGUGGAUAAUGGAUAGGACAGGAAUCAGAUUUGAUAUACAUAAUGACGUUGUUGCGUAAUUUUGUGUUUUCUAUGUAUGUGGACGAUGGUAAAAUGGACAAAGAAAAGGAACUAUUUCUUGGGCACCGAAAGAGACGACGCACGGGCGAUUAUGAGGCUUCUGAUAUUUGACAGCUGUAUAACAACGAGAUUAAAAAUGAAUAUUAUCAAGAUGAGGAUUAACCAGAAGGAGAAUAACAUCAACAACGACUUAAGAAAGCAGGUAUUCAAUAUAUCUGACCAUCCUUGUUAAUUGUAUUUCUUUACAUUUAUUAUAUAUACUUGAAAACGUGCCCUCGACGCACACGCCACGUUGCAUGUUAACGCCUCUGUCUGGUUAACGAAAAAAGUUAACCAACCAUGGUUGCAACUACUGCUUCUUGCCAGUGACAUGUGCUUUUGGGCAUACGGCAGUGUAACAAUCGUCGUCAAGUGAUUUAAUAAAUGAAUAAACAGAUGCGUCAAACUGACAAAAAAGUAAGUUCAUUAAAAAAAAAAAAAAAUAAGGAAAAAUAAACUGAAAAACGUAUGUAUAAUUAAAUAUAAGCGCACGAGAUUUUUCGCUGCGAACUUCUGUUCUUUCUACUCGACAACACCUCUUCCCUUGUGCCCGCGAUUAACGCGCCUGGAAUUUGUCUAACAAUGUACGUAUUUUUUUACAAUACCUUUUCGACCUUUUUCGUGAUGUGUCGAUAGGGAGGGUUUAGGGCCAAGAGUGAUCCAGAUAAGAGAUUUAUUAGGCGUGAGGCUCUCAAGGAUUUUGUCUUUUCUCACUGUAUUUCUCUCUUCUUGCAUCUGUCCUUUACAUUACUCUCUCUCUCUCUCUCUCUAUCUCUCUUUCUCUCUCUCUCCAACAUUGCCUAUCUAUCUAUCCGUCUAUCUUUAUUCCAUCUAUCUUCCUAUUUCUCACAGUUGAUAUAAAUCAGCCGGAAUAAUUGACUGCAACGUGAUACCUGUUGUUCCAUUCUCGUACAUACUGCGUACGAAUCAUUGGAUUCGGUCUACGUGUGAUCAGUUAUUUAUUUAGUUAGACCACCGUCGAAGUGUAAGUUGCAAAGAAUCGGUUGUUAUACAUAUACUGGACAUGAAAAUGAUCGCAGUGAAAUAUGUACAAAUUAUGACCGACCGUGCAAGGGUACAAAUUGGAAUAUUUUAUAAAUAAGAAUAUAGAAAAUUAACAGAAAAGAAAAAGUAGGUAAUAAUGAUAGUAAAAAUUUAUAUAAACGUUUGAAGGCAGGAGAAAGAAUAAAAUAAAAAUAAAAAGUCACCAUUGUCAUUGUAGGGAUAAUAGAAUUGUUCGAGACGCACUUAUUCACGAUUAAGGUAAAUAGAAUAAAAAUGAUUGUUAGUAUAAUUGAAAUCGUAACUUUUAUUUCUUCGUUUUCUGACUCAAUAUCAGGCAUAUUCGAUCUUUCUUAGUUAUUUUUUUUUUUUAAACAUUUACUCCUAACGUCUAGUCUUUAAUUUUACCUUUAUUACCGUUGCGUGCCUGCAAUGCUGUUGUAAAAACCUACCGCUGCGUCACCAUCGGAAUAUUUCACAAUUAUAGUACACCUAUUACAAUAAUUAUUCUAUAAUAAACGUUUAAAACCUAA